UCCACACGCACUCCGUUAUUUCGAAGGGAAGCACACGGACUCAAGUGUUUCGAAAGGUUCGUGAAAUUUGCAGUCGAUGCAAGUUAAACAUCCUGCACUGAAGCAGGAAAUUAAUUACUUAGUGUGUCGACGACAUCAAUCGAGAUCUACUUACGAUCAUUCCAACAAGCAGUGAAGAUUCUGGGAGAUGACAUCUGCGAGAUUUCGCCUUCCGCGGCCAUGAAAACAGGACAUGCGUAAAAUUGUCGUUAUGAAGUUAACCUUCCUUUCCAUCUUGAACAUCAUAGCUGUGUUGAAAACAGGGCAUGGAAUCCCAAUAUCGUCAUUUACAAACGAUGCAGACAACAGCAUUCGACUUCCAGGGAUCAAAAACUUAUCAGAGUCAUCAAACCAAAAUCACUCAAGACUAAACAACAUUACAAGCAAUGAACUAAAGACAGAUCCAAUCAUUACAACAACAAACACUAUCAAGCAUGAGUCACCACCCCUGACUUUUCCAACGGCCCACACAGAUAGGAAUUUGUGGAGUGCAGGAUUUCAAGACAGCAAAACAAAUGUCUUCAGCAAGAACAGUACUACAACUGUUAGGACUCCACUGACUUCUAAAAAUCCAACAAACCUUAGAACUCCAACAGAACAUCACACACUACCAACUGUUUUGCCAACUACACCUAGCUCAAAGAAGCAUCGAUUUAUUUGGAAAAUACUUGCUUACACUCUCAUACCUGUGGGUUGUUUGUUGACAAUCCUGAUCACAUACUGUUUGGUUCGUCAUGUGCAGAAAGUACGGAGGAAAAGAAGACUUGAGCGGGAGCUUGUACAUCAAUAUUCUUAUCCAAACAGUGAAGCUGAUGACUCAGAAGAACAGAAUAUUGGAGACUUUGAAAGUGUCAUUAACACUCACUUUGUUGCCUUCAAUGAUCGCACAGACAAAAAUCUUUAUGAGGAUCCUCAGACAGAGGUGAACCUAGCCUUUGAAGAAAGUUCCAAACUGGUGGUACAAGAGUCUGCUUCUUCUAUUCCAGAAGAACUUGAAGUUUCGACAAGUUUUACCAGUUGAUGUAGAGAAUUGAUGUGGACUUGCAAGCACUAAACCUGUUUUAUGGCAAAAGAAUAAAGGGGUAAGUUUCUAAAGAAACUGUGGUGCUGCGUCGGUGGGAGAGUGUAGCAGGUAAUUUAGUGUUAACAACUGGGUUGAAAAUAUAAAUUAGCCACCGUAAUAAUUUAAUGGCUAAUUUACGUUUUCAACCCAGUUGUUAACACUAAAUUACCUGUUUUAUGGCAAUAGGGUUGCAAAAUGAACCCUUUCACUCCCAUGAUCCAAUUAGUAAUUCUCCCAACUGACUACCAUACAUUUCCUUGUAAAUGGCACAGGAGAGGUAGGUGUUACAUUAAGACUACACCCUUUGGCUGAUAAGCUCGUCUUUUCUCAUUGCCUAUUUGCAAGGUAACAUAUUUGAAUUGUACUGAGAAGUUACUUGUUAAUCACUUCUGGGAAUUAAAGGGUUUAGUAAAUGAACCUCCCAAUUUUCCAGUAACAGUGUUACUGAGAAAGAGGAAAUCGUCAACAGUAAUUCAAGUUUGCUGAGUCCUGUACAGGGAUUAAGGUGACCUAUUACUAAACAGAUCCACAGCAGCAAGGUAAAUCUAUUUGUUUCACAUGAUUAUGACGAUGACCUAGUGUAGAAAACCUUUGAUUUUUACUCUUUAAAUACCUAAUUUCCUUGUAAAUAGCUCGUUUUAAACCUAAGGGAACUUUCUGGACAAAAGAGAAAAUGUUGUUAAUGGUGACAUUAUGUAUGCAACUAAUAGAUCAUUAGUAAGAACCAAUAAAAAUGCAUGAGGACUGUGCAUAAUUCAGUGGAUCAUAACUUCAUUAACUGUGUACAGGAACAACUCUACAAUAUUUACAUAAAAAAAAAAAAGAAAACUGGUCUGUAAUCAGUAUCACUAUGAUCAAAGGUCUUUAUCAUUUCGCAAAAUCGUUCGGAAAGAGAAAAAUUAUAUUUAAACAUAAUUCUUAAUCAUUAUUCAACCAUAUUACGGUGAUGUAAAGCAACUCAAAAUUUGUUUAUUUAGUACAAAGAACCUAAAUAUGUAAAAAUGUAAAGAUUGUUAUUAUAUUAUUGUAUAAUUGCAAGGUAAAAAUAUUUAAGAGUUGUGAUGCAAAAUACGUAAGACCAAAUAUCUUUUAAGAAUUGCUGUUCAAUUUAGAUACCUGACAUGUUAGUAAAUGCAAAGAUUUUA